AAUCGAUAACUUUUGGGGAGCAACUCUGAGCCAACGCACGUUUUGCGGCUUCCAAUUAAAACCAAAAUGGAACAAACAAAAAGAUUCUAUGAUUUUUGCAUACCAUAUAACAAGGAUGACAAAAUAAUGCGGGCUAUAUUAAACGAAUUGGUUGAGCUGGGCUAUAAGACGAUAGCAAUUGACCAGAGCUUCGAUCACAGCAAAAAGGAGGCCGGCAAACGUGGCUCUGAAGUGUUUCCGGAGCCGCACGGAAUUGACCAUUUGCGCAAGGAGUUUGCGGAUAAGAUAAGGAUAUUGCAGCGCAUAACUAUACUGUACGUAGACGCAAAUGUGGCACAUGCAAUGAGCGUUUCCCUGAAUCUGCGCAAGUUUAAUCUAAUCGCUGGACAGCCCAAAACGGACGCAGCCUUAACGCACUGCUGCACCUCAUUCAAUGGCGAUAUCAUCACAUUCGAUCCGGCUGCCGGCUCCCGAUUGCUGGUCCAGCGCAAACCCUACCUCAUUGCGGUGCGACGCGGCAUCUACUUUGAGCUGAAAUAUGCACCGGCCAUUGCGGACUCUAACAAUCGGAAGGACAUGAUAAAGGUGGCCCAAAAUUAUUGCACCAAAGGCAAGUCGAGGAACAUCAUCUUUAGCAGCGGUGCUGCUCAUGAAUUCCAGCUGCGCGGGCCAUACGAUGUGGCAAACCUUGCAUUUAUAUUUGGACUUUCGGAGGAUCAGGGCAAAAAUGCUAUCGAUCGUUCUUGCCGUCAGCUGUUUUUACGUGCCGAAUCGCGGCGUCUGGGCAAAACGAUUAUGUUUGUCAAAGGCGAAGGGCCAAUUGUAUUUUCAGACAGUUCUGAUGACAAUCGAAGCGAGGAAGAGAAAGAUGACGAAAUGGAUGCUUUAGUUACGGAAGCACCAACCGAAGAGGACGAACGGGAAAAUAGUCAAGCCAAUAAAAGACUGAAAGUAGCGUAGCAUUCAAUUAGCUCAGCGCUAUUGUUAAUCAUUUAAUAAGCAAACUGUUUGUGUAAACAAUAUGUCGGCUAUUAUAGUUGCAAGCGUGAUAGUUCUACGUCAUGAACAUGAAAAAACAUUUUAAAUUAAGAACAUUGUCCAUCAA